AUGACGACUCAAUUAGACGAACAUUAUAUUCGAACUAAUAUCGAAUGGAUUCAUCUUCCAUCCGAUGUGAAACAAAGAUUCAGUUGGAACACGGAAAAAGAUUAUGAUAAGGCCAUUUUAGCGUUUUCAAUAAAACACCAACUUCGUUAUAAAGGAAAUUUAGUUCGAAAAGUUCAUAAAGAUUCACGAAAAUAUUAUGAUGAUCUUUUACGAUAUAGUCGUGAACAUUUAAUGCUUUUUCCGUAUCAUCUAUCAGAAAUCUAUGUGAAAGGUUUACGUGUAACAUCAUUUUCAUAUUAUAUUGAUAUGAUUAUUGAUUUAAUUCUUCAAGAAAAAUCAUAUGAUACAUUACCAAAUUUUACUGCUGCCGAUUGCCUUCGUUUACUCGGUAUUGGUCGUAAUCAAUAUAUUGAAUUAAUAAAUCAAUCACGUACAAUAUUACAAACGGCACGAAAAAAAGUAUUGUUUAAUUUAACGAAUUGGAAAACACCAGCUUCUAUUCGUCAUUUGUUACCAUCGCAACCACUUGAUUCUUUACAUAUUCAACCAUGGUGGGUAAUAAAUCUAGGUUGUGUUACUGAUGAUGAUGUUAAACAAUGUACAAAUGAAGAAAAAUUAAUCAUCGAUUAUCUUAUUGAUGAAAAAUGUUCGAAAUUAGCUGGCGAACUUAAUUAUGAAGCAAUACAUUCACUUUAUCGUAAAGGUUUAAUAUUUUUGGAUGUUCCUGUUAAUGACACUGAUUAUAUUCAAGUGCCACCGUUAGGUUCAGGAUUUGUUAUGAAUCGUAUUGUUGGAGAUUAUUUUGAAGUAUUACUUUAUAAAUUAUUUGUUUCAACCGAUGAGCAUACAAAUGUUGGAGAAUUAUCGAAAAUAUUAGCAUUGGACAUGGAUUUAGUUAAACAAACAAUGUCAAUGUUUUUACGACUAGGUUUUGCCCGAAAGAAAAAUCUAGAUAGUGAUUUCGGAAUUUUCCACACGUCUUGGAAACAUUUUUCUACAGGUGCUAAUUUACAGUUACCACCACCACCGAAAGAAAUAAACUUGGCAUCGCCUACGAUGGAUAAAAGCUUAUUGGAAUGGAAAACAGAUUUAGAAAUGGAUACUUCAUUGAGUGGCGAUGAUACUUUAUCGAUUGGUACAACAGAUGAACAAAAAUCUCUGCUAUCUCCAACAGCUGCUAAUUUACUUGACAGUCCAUCAACAGCGAUUGCACCAGGUACAUUAAAACAAAAACGUAUUGGUUUUCUAUUCGAUUCAUCGUUAACUGCAUUUCUAAUGAUGGGAAAUUUAUCACCAAAUUUAAAAACGCAUGCCGUAACAAUGUUUGAAGUUGGUAAAUUAGCUGAUGAAAUUCUUGUUUCAUUUUUACAAGAGCUAGAAAAAAUAUCUCCGCCAUCACAAUCAUCAAUAAAAUAUUCUGAUGACGAAAGUCAAAGUGAAGGCGAAGCUGAUCGUUAUUUUCUACACGCACGUGUUCUUUAUCAGACAAUAUCGUUUUUACGUUUAAAUCAUGAGCUAUUCGAUGAUGAUGUUGGCAGUCUUGGAGUCGAUUUAAUACGUUAUGAAAGUUUAUCGAGCCUUGAUUCGAAUAUUCGUCAACGUCUAAUCGAACGUAAUUAUCAAAUACUAAUAUCCAUGGCGCCUAUUAGCGCAGAAACUAUUUAUUCGCCAUUCAAUUCAACUGAUUACCUCGGACCAUGCUUACAAGAAAUGAAUAGUGUAUGGAUGAAAUUAUUUAUUUAUAAUCUAACAAAAUCUGGACCACCAUCAUUACUUUUACCGAAAGGUUAUCGUUUGAAUACAUUACCAAAUUGUUUGAAGAUUUUCGAUAAAUUCCUGGUUACAACGUGGAAUCAUGAAUCAACAUUUAUAUCGAAUGUGAAUAUAUUAUUGAGUAUAAACGAAGCAUUACUCCAUUCAUCUGUACUUUUACAAGGUUUUUCAUAUGGAAUUAAUAAUUUUAGAGACGAUAAUCAACAAAUUCGACAUAUAGCAUUUCCAUUAGAAUCAAUUGAAAAAAAUCAUGGACUAGAACAAUUAGGAUUAGCUAUUGAUUUACAAAGUACAUGUGGUUAUGUAUCGAUGUUAACAUUAUCGUCAGUUCACUCGGAAGAAGUAUUAUUAGAUGUUAGAUUUGGUAUCCCGUUAUUUGAUGAACAAAUAAGUGAAACCAUACGAAAUGGAAUUGUUAAAAAUAAAUUAUGUACAAAAGAAAAAGUGCAACAACGGUUGAAAAGUAUUGAAGCUCUUUCAAACACUCUUGUGGCAUUCAUUGAAUUCUAUCAGCAAUCUGAUACCUCACCGUGCAAUAUGCCUGUUCAUCAUUCCACAAAUGGUAUACGCUCCACAUGUUUACCAAAAUGGCCAAUUCUUUUCGAUGGUGAAACUCUUAAAACGAUUGGUGUACCUUCGAGUUAG